AUGUGUUGGACUGUUUUCUUGAGGAAUGUGAACUGUGUGAUGCUGGGACUGGUGUUUGCCCAUCUGUGGACCUUAUCUAUGCAGCAAGGGGACUGCGACUUCGACACGACGUUGUGUGGUUACCAACAAGACAACACGGAUGACUUUGACUGGACACGUCAGCAGGGUUCAACAGCAACCACAAACACUGGACCUUCUUUUGACCAUACUACUGGCUCUGGGUACUACAUGUAUAUUGAGACAUCGCGCCAGGAGAGAGAUGACGUAGCACGACUGAUCAGCCCCACUCUGCCCAACAACAUCAGAUGUCUGGAGUUCUGGUACCACAUGUAUGGUGAUCAUACAGAGGAACUCAAAGUCUACACAAAGCCAACAGGAAGCUCACUGCCUGGUGAUCCGAUUUGGUCUAAAACUGGAGACAAAGGUGACGUCUGGCAACGGGCUAGGGUUCAUCUUGAAGUCAGUAGCGACUUUAAAGUCGUGUUUGAAGGCGUGCGAGGUACCAGUUACCGGGGUGACAUCGCCAUUGAUGACGUCAGUUUCGGGACAACACCAUGUGGAGGAGACUGUGAUUUUGACGAGAAUCUGUGUGGUUACCAACAAGACAACACGGAUGACUUUGACUGGACACGUGACCAGGGUAGUACAACGAGUUCGGGCACCGGGCCUUCGUCGGACCAUACCACUGGCUCAACCAUCGGUUCCUACAUGUAUAUUGAGACUUCGGGUCAACAGCCAAGAGACGUCGCACGACUGAUCAGUCCUGUACUGUCUACCGACUCCAAAUGUUUGGAGUUCUGGUACCACAUGUACGGCGAGUCUACAGAGGAACUAAGAGUCUACCAAAGCUCCACAGGCAGCUCUCAGCUCGGCACACCGAUAUGGUCCCUAACGGGGGACCAGGGGGAUGUCUGGUACAACGCUACAGUGGACCUUGCAGCAGGCAGCAACCUCUAUCUCGUGUUUGAAGGCGUGCGAGGGUCUAGUUUCCAGGGUGACAUCGCCAUAGACGACAUCAGUGUACGAACAACAUCGUGUGGUGGGUCAAUAGGGACCACCACAGCAACGGCUGCAGUUACACCUACAACGGUAGCUGAAAGCACUACACAUCCGGCGACAGCUGCAGCUGAAACGACGGCAUCCCUACAGGUCACAACACCUGCGCCAACUACACAACGUGCAACAACAGAGGGAGUCACGACUCUAGGUGGUACAACAACAGAGGCUGUACCAUCUGAAAGAUGA